ACAUGCUCAUCAGAUAGAUGCUAUUCUGUUGACCUAUCCUGAUCACAUACACCUUGGUGCUCUCCCUUACCUGGUUGGAAAUGGAAUUUUGAACUGUCCCAUUUAUGCUACCAUUCCUGUGUAUAAAAUGGGACAGAUGUUUAUGUAUGAUUUAUAUCAGUCUCGGCACAACACUGAAGAUUUUGACAUAUUCACUCUGGAUGAUGUGGAUGUUGCUUUUGACAAAAUAGUGCAGCUUAAAUACUCACAGACUGUCAAUUUGAAAGGAAAGGGACAUGGUCUACAGAUAACACCUUUACCUGCUGGUCACAUUGGGGGGACGAUCUGGAAAAUCAUCAAAGAUGGAGAGGAAGAAAUCGUGUACGCUGUGGAUUACAAUCACAAGAAAGAAAGACAUUUGAAUGGCUGUGUUCUGGAGAAUAUUUCAAGACCACAUCUGAUGAUAACGGAUGCAUUUAAUGCCACAUAUGUGCAGUCUAGACGAAGAGCAAGAGACGAGCAGUUAUUAACAACAAUCCUACAGACUAUGAGAAAUGAUGGCAAUGUGCUGGUUGCUGUGGAUACUGCUGGCCGAAUGCUAGAACUGGCUCAGCUCUUGGAUCAGAUGUGGAGGAAUUCUGAAUCUGGACUCUCACCCUAUUCCCUUGCCCUGCUCAACAAUGUCAGUUUUAAUGUGGUGGAGUUUGCCAAAUCUCAAGUGGAAUGGAUGAGUGACAAAAUCAUGAGGUCAUUUGAAGAGGCCAGAAACAACCCUUUCCACUUCAAACAUGUGAAGCUGUGUCAUAACCUAGCUGAAUUGGCCCGAAUACCAGAGCCAAAGGUCUGUAUAUAUGUAAAUAUAUAUCAAUCCAUUUCCCAAGCUGAGCUGGCCCAAUUACCAGAGCCUUGGAGCCA